CCUGUCUCUGUGCCUCUCUGUGGCCAGCAGGAGGACAACUCUGACCUUAAGUGCCAGCUCCAUUUUGCCAAGGAGGAGUCAGCGCUCAUGUGCAAGAAGCUGACCAAGAUGGCCAAGGACAGCGAGGCCAUGCGGGAGGAGCUGGCCAAGUACCGCUCGGUCUACGGCGACGUGGACGCCUCGCUCACCGUGGAGGAGGUGAACGACUCGCCCCACACCCGCGAGGCCGAGGUUAGAGUUCACCUGAAGCUGGUGGAGGAGGAAGCCAACCUGCUGAGCCGGCGCAUCGUGGAACUGGAGGUGGAGAACCGUGGCCUGCGGGCCGAGAUGGACGACAUGAAGGGCCAGGAGCUGCCACCAGGGCUGGGGGUCGGAGGCAUGGGAGGCCCUGGAGGAGGAGGUCUGGAGAAUGUGAUGGAGAUCCAGAGGCACCUGCAGUUUGUGGAGGAGGAGGCAGAGCUGCUGCGGCGCUCGCUGCUGGAGAUGGAGGAGCAGAACAAGCUGCUGAUGAACGAGAUCAACCGCUACAAGUCGGAGCUGCCGCUGGCGUUGGACCCAGACCAGAACGACUCCUCAUCCAUCUCUCUCCUGGAGGACGGUCAUGGUGCGGGGGCUCUCAUCAGCACCGAGGCACCCCAGGAGGAGCUGCUGCAGGCCGCCAGGCUCCAGAUCGGGGAGCUGAGCGGCAAGGUGAAGAAGCUCCAGUACGAGAACCGUGUGUUGCUUUCCAACCUGCAGCGCUGCGACCUGGCCUCCUGCCACAGCUCUUCUAGGCCAGCCCUGGAGACCGACGCUGAGGCAGGGGACUCGGCCGAGUGCCUCCCCAGCCAAGCGCGCCGUGAAGGCCCCAUCGGAGGGGAGAACGAGCCCCUGGAGGAGAGGGAGAAGAAGACGUCCACGGGGGUUCCCUUUCACCUGCACGGUAACGUCCCCCUGGGGCUGAAGGACCAUGAGGCCCUGCUGGCCAUGAGGGACCAGGCCCGCCUCAUCUCUACAGCCAUCCAGCUGCUGACCGCUUCCGACUCCAACUGCCCCUCCCUCUACCGCAAGAUCUCCUCCACCUCCUCCGGGGAGGCUGCAGAGCCCUGUGUCCCAGAGAAGAGCCAGCAGGCCCAACCCUCUAAGCUCCAGGACCUGCCCCUGGUGGAGGCUCUGACGGGCAGGCUGCGAGCGCUGCACACCCAGCUCCAGGCCUUCGUGAAGCGAGUGGAGAGCUUCGGCAGCGCCCCUCCUGGGAGAGAGCAGGUGGAGGGGACAUCGCCCCUGCCUCUACUGUCCGAAGCUGGAGACUCCGUGACGGAUGCACCCUCUGCCUCACACCCCUGCCCUCCAGACGACCAGGCGGGUGAGAUCACUGCAGAGCAGAAGGUAAGAAUGAACACCCUCCUCCUCUUCCCACCACUCAUUUAUUAUUGAUUAUGUUUCUUUCCUUUUCUUUUUUAUGCUCCUUUUUUGUAGUAAGUCUAUUAUUUCUGUUCCGUUUGCUCUUUGAACCACGGUAUGGCUAAUACUCCCCCCCUUCCCAGCUCACACUAUGGUUUCUCCCUGGCACAGAAUGCUGCCGGCACACAUGACAUGACACGCAUGCUGCUUUGAUGCCUUAUAACCUGUUAUAGAUGCUACAUAGAGCUCAGGGCUCAAAUGGAGCCACCACUGUGCUGCAUGACAACUAGAAUGAUAAAGAAAUCAUAGAAACCAUAAACCACAAUCUAUUUACACACAUCAAAAGACAAUUCGCAUAUCCAUGUAAAUGCACUCUAGUAAAGUUGGUUCUAUGCUUAGAGUUAAGCUCCAUUAGAGGCCUACUGAGUCCCAACCCCAUCCGCUCUCCCCCCGUCCCUCCCUCUCUCACCCCGUCACUCCCUCUCUCACCCCGUCCCUCCUUCUCUCUCCCCGUCCCGUCCUCUCUCUCCCCGUCCCUCCCUCUCUCACCCCGUCCCUCCCUCUCUAACCCCGUCCCUCCUUCUCUCUCCCCGUCCCGUCCUCUCUCUCCCCGUCCCUCCCUCUCCCCGUCCCUCCCUCUCUCACUCCCUCUCAACCCGUCCCUCCCUCUCUCACCCCGUCCCUCCCUCUCUCACCACGUCCCUCCUUCUCCCCCCUCUCACUGCAUGGGCACCAUGACCGCCGCUUUCUGCACUUGUUUCCCUUUCCUCUUUUUCCUCUCUCUUCUCUCACUCUUUUGAUUAUUUUAAUCCCCUCUCCUACUCUCUCCUCUUACUCUCCUUCACUCCCCCCCUCCUCCCCCAACCCUCCAGCCGUCGCUCCUACUUCUCAUCAUUGUUUUGGUUCUGUUCUCCACUCUGUCCUACGCCACUCUGACAAAGCUGUUUUUCCUUUACAUACUUUUCUUUGUCCUGUGAGGUUAAUUUUUUAUUUUCAAUGUAUCUUACGGAUCUUCCAUUUUGGUUGUAUUGUUUUGUUUUGGAUGCCCUCCAUCCCUACCAUAUGUCUCCCCUCAUCCUCUUCCUUCCCUUUCCUCUGUUCCUCUUCCUAUCUUUUUAUUUGUUUUCAUUAACUUGCCCAUGCAUGCAGCAGCCUGACUUUAGGGACCAAUCAGAGCACGAGGUGAAAGGUCAGGAGGAGGAGGAGGGUGACAGCCACACUGACAGCAACAAGAACCAGGAAACACAGGAGACGGAAACAGCCCUGGUAGGUCACUGCUAUAGAAUAGUCAAAAUACACGCAUGCAUGCACAAACACACACACACACUGUGCACUCCUUGAUGGCCCAAACAUGUCUUUAGGCUCUCUUCCCUCGUUCUUUCAUGUGAUAGAUAGUGGGUGAAUCAGGCUGGAAUCACACUGCUGCUGCAGUAAACACAAUGACAUCAGCUCUUGAAGUGAGAAGAGGAAGUGUCUGCUGCUCAGUGUUCGUUUGACCUUUCCGUAGCAGGUCUCCUUGGAAACCUGGACUGUGAGGGAGGGGGCAUCUGCAGAAGCGAUGAAUAGAGCAGAGAGAAACACAAUCGCCACAGCCCACUCUCCUGUUACAGGAUAUACAAUGUUAGUUUUAUAAUGUGGGAGUCAUGAAAGGGAAGGUUUCUCUCUGGGCUGUACUGUAGCACAUAAUCAGUUAGUCAUCUGAACACACACUUCCUAAAUGUGAGAACUAGAGAACCUCAUUGUUGCUGUCAAUAGGCUGGUUAUUAAAGGUUCAAUAACUCAGUUGAUUUCUCUGUAUCUCCUGAAUUAAAACACAUUCUUGAAAUAUAUAAUUAUAUAAUCAUAGUAGGCAAUUAACUAUGACAGCAUUGAGCGGGCCACAUUAAAUCAGCUUGUGGGCGACUUUUGGCCCACGGGGCACGUGUUUGAAAUAAGUAGGCCUAAUAAUUCACCCUGUGUCUCUCCUCAGUAAUCACUGCAUCACAAACUACUGUUGGCUUCUACACAUCAUCAUCCACCCUGCUCCUCUCCCCUCUCAGUGAUCAAUGAUUAGGCUGCCAGGACAGGGGAGAUCAGGACCGGGUCCGGCGAGGGAAGGAGGAAAGGACAGGGGAUAGGGCAGGCAGUAACACCUUGGCCCCACUCCAGGCGAUGUUAUCACACGCAGACUGCCUGAGUGCUCUGUCUGUCUGUAGAGACAGGGUCGGUCGAUAGAAGCAUGACAGGGCUGAUGUAUGGACAUGGAUGUGGGAGUGUUGGUGGGAACCAGGAGUCCAUCAGGGUGACUGUGUUCUGUGUCAUAUUCAUUAGGGAACAUAGUUUCAAAAUGUUGUGCAGGUAGUCCCACCCCGUUUUAGUCAGUUUUCUUCUGUUUAGUACCUAAUGAAUACGGCCAUGGUCUCUCCCCACUGAGUGGUGCCUCUUGUGUCCAUUACCACCAACCAAUCCUUUCAGAGUAACUCUGUAAUGUUAGAAAUAGGGUACUAUAUCCUGCUCAGAAAGCAACUUAAAUAGAAUAUUCUUCUGCAGGACAGUAAGACCGACAUAAUGCUGUGAAGGGCAUUGGAAACUGACAGCAGGUUAUCCAUUUAUGUGCAUGGAGUCUGCGUCUAAGGCUUGGCUCGGGAAUGUAAGCCUUUUAUACAAUUUUUAUGGUCUACGAGGCGAAUAUGCAUUGGAAUGGGAGGAAAUUGAAAGGUUUAGCAGCUGAAAUUGAGCUGCCCUCACUCUUACUCCUUGGAUCCCUUUGGUGAGAAAAUGAGGGUGUCAGAAGUCACUUGCACAGGCUGCUGAGGAGAAGGAGAAAGGGAGAGAAAUGCAGAAGCGGGCUACGGUGUAAAUUAUACAAAAAAUCUACUGCAAAUCAAUUUGUGACUCGCUGAGUAAUAGUGAGCUACAGUGUCAUAGUGCAAUUGGAACUUGCACUGGCAGGGACUCUCUCAGAAUACACAGUGAGGGUAGAGUUAUUGGGAGGGCACACUGCCAAAACGUUGGUUAUCCCUAGUAGAUAACCAAGUAGAUUGUAGUAGAUUGUGAGUAGAUAUUGAGUGUGCAACUUUCUUUUUUCCCAAAGAAUAAUGGUUGGUGAAAUUGUACAACAACAAAAACAAUGAUUCCAGCAAUGCAACGUCUAAAUAAGCUAACAUGAAAAUAAAUGACAUUGUAUUUUCACUUACAGUGGGGAAAAAAUGUAUUUAGUCAGCCACCAAUUGUGCAAGUUCUCCCACUUAAAAAGAUGAGAGAGGCCUGUAAUUUACAUCAUAGGUACACGUCAACUAUGACAGACAAAAUGAGGAGAAAAAAUCCAGAAAAUCACAUUGUAGGAUUUUUAAUGAAUUUAUUUGCAAAUUAUGGUGGAAAAUAAGUGUUUGGUCAAUAACAAAAGUUUCUCAAUACUUUGUUAUAUACCCUUUGUUGGCAAUGACACAGGUCAAACGUUUUCUGUAAGUCUUCACAAGGUUUUCACACACUGUUGCUGGUAUUUUGGCCCAUUCCUCCAUGCAGAUCUCCUCUAGAGCAGUGAUGUUUUGGGGCUGUCGCUGGGCAACACGGACUUUCAACUCCCUCCAAAGAUUUUCUAUGGGGUUGAGAUCUGGAGACUGGCUAGGCCACUCCAGGACCUUGAAAUGCUUCUUACGAAGCCACUCCUUCAUUGCCCGGGCGGUGUGUUUGGGAUCAUUGUCAUGCUGAAAGACCCAGCUACGUUUCAUCUUCAAUGCCCUUGCUGAUGGAAGGAGGUUUUCACUCAAAAUCUCACGAUACAUGGCCCCAUUCAUUCUUUCCUUUACACGGAUCAGUCGUCCUGGUCCCUUUGCAGAAAAACUGCCCCAAAGCAUGAUGUUUCCACCCCCAUGCUUCACAGUAGGUAUGGUGUUCUUUGGAUGCAACUAAGCAUUCUUUGUCCUCCAAACACGACGAGUUGAGUUUUUACCAAAAAGUUAUAUUUUGGUUUCAUCUGACCCUACGACAUUCUCCCAAUCCUCUUCUGGAUCAUCCAAAUGCAUUCUAGCAAACUUCAGACGGGCCUGGACAUGUACUGGCUUAAGCAGGGGGACACGUCUGGCACUGCAGGAUUUGAGUCCCUGGCGGCGUAGUGUGUUACUGAUGGUAGGCUUUGUUACUUUGGUCCCAGCUCUCUGCAGGUCAUUCACUAGGUCCCCCCGUGUGGUUCUGGGAUUUUUGCUCACCGUUCUUGUGAUCAUUUUGACCCCACGGGGUGAGAUCUUGCGUGGAGCCCCAGAUCGAGGGAGAUUAUCAGUGGUCUUGUAUGUCUUCCAUUUCCUAAUAAUUGCUCCCACAGUUGAUUUCUUCAAACCAAGCUGCUUACUUAUUGCAGAUGCAGUCUUCUCAGCCUGGUGCAGGUCUACAAUUUUGUUUCUGGUGUCCUUUGACAGCUCUUUGGUCUUGGCCAUAGUGGAGUUUGGAGUGUGACUGUUUGAGGUUGUGGACAGGUGUCUUUUAUACUGAUAACAAGUUCAAACAGGUGCCAUUAAUACAGGUAACGAGUGGAGGACAGAGGAGCCUCUUAAAGAAGAAGUUACAGGUCUGUGAGAGCCAGAAAUCUUGCUUGUUUGUAGAUGACCAAAUACUUAUUUUCCACCAUCAUUUACAAAUAAAUUCAUUAAAAAUCCUACAAUGGGAUUUUCAGGAUUUUUCUUUCUCAAUUUGUCUGUCAUAGUUGACGUGUACCUAUGAUGAAAAUUACAGGCCUCUCUCAUCUUUUUAAGUGGGAGAACUUGCACAAUUGGUGGCUGACUAAAUACUUUUUUCCCCCACUGUAUCUGUCAAAGCCCUCAGAGAAUCUUGAGACAAAACAUAAAGGUUGUCAUUGUACCUCGAAACACAGCAGCAACCAGUAGUCUUAAAGCGCCAUUUAAACACAGAUAUGCAUGGAACAUUAUGACACAGUGGACAUUGGAGAAUGGAAUCAUGUUCAUUUUCAAACCUUCAGAGUAUAUUAAUGCCCCUCUGGGUAUUUCAGUCUUCCACAGAACACCCCCAAUGUCCCACCUUAUCAAAUUCUACACACUUGGUCUAAUUGGCGAGAAAAUACAAAUGUUGGGCGCUGAGUGAUAAUGAAAAGCUUGAGUGGCUGGUCUUGUGCCUGUCGUUAGAACGGAGGCCAUUUGAUGAGCAGUUCGUGGGUUAGCGCUAAUGGUGUGUUUAUUGGACCAUGGGGCCCAGUGUGGGUGUGUGGGUGUGCUGUAUGUAUUUAACUGUGUAACAUAAGGUUGGGAUUGUUGUUCUCUGUUUGGAGUUGAGUUAUUGUCAAUGGAGGAUAUUUUUCAGUUGUGGGAAGUGGUGUGGUGUGCUUUACACUUUACAGGGUGAUGUAGCAUUGCAGAGUGUAUUGUACUCUAGCUAUAAUGGUGUACUUCUCUCUCUCUCUCCCCUCUCUCUCCUCUCAUCUCCCUCUCUCUCCUCUCUACUUCGCGCCUCAUCUCGUCUCUCUCCUCUCUCCUCUCUCUCAUCUCUCUCCUCACCUCCUCUCGUCUCCUCUCUCUCUCCUCUCACCCUCUCUCUAUUCUCUCUCUCCCUCCCACUCCUCCUCGAUCUCUCCUUCUCCCUCGCUCCCUCCCUCCCUCAGCAGAUCAUUGAGCUGCAGGCUCUUCUGUGGGAGGCGAGGGAGAAUGCUCGCGGGAUGCAGGAGGAACUGACAGUGGAGAGACAGGCUCACAGAGACCCCACCCACAGCAGCUCACAGACAUUCACACAGGUACACAACCAUAGAGAUAAAACUGUUAUAUAACUAUGUACACGACACUGACUACAGCCAAACCCUUCUAAACCACACAGAGCGUUGUUACUGUAACGUCUUGUCAAUGCUAAUACAGAGUAUGCACCGCACCUGAGAACAGUAUGGUAUCACUACUAUGAUAUGUACAACAACAACAGUUUAUUAUAUACAUGCAUGCACCCACUUAGCAAACAGCUAAAGCAAACGGUGCUGCACCUAAUCCCUUAUCAUAACAACACUGGCACUGUGAGCCCCUGUAGCCCACUGACUGGCCUGUCCCCUCUCUCUCUCUAUGUGUGUGUGUCUCUCCCUCUAUCUCCAGCUGCAGGAGGAGCACCAGAAGGCCCUGACGCGGAGGGACUUCCAGCUACAGAGUCUAAGUCUGCAGACACGGCUACAGCAGAAGUUCUGGAGCCAGGAAAGGAACCUGAUGUUGCAGGAGUCCCAGCAGCUCAAGCAGACCCUGCUGCUGCUCAGCCUCAAGCUGCGCUGCUUCCUCAAACAGUGGCGGAUGGGACGCAAGCUGGACACGGAGGCCAAGGAUGUCUUGGAGGUACAGGACUGACUGGCCACCCUCUCUCUUUGAAUCAGCCACUUAGCUGUGGCAUGGUACUUUGAUUGGUUGAUUAGAUUUUUAGCUGUUGAAGAAGCAGACUGGCUGACUGACUGACUGGCUGACUAAUAAUUUGCUAUGUGUCCCUACAGGUGAACAGUCUGAAGGACCUGUACCUGCUGCUGGAGGAGGAGAGUCUGGCCGCACACCCUCACCAGGGAGACAACAAGAUGACCGCCGCAGAGGAGCAGCCCCUCUGCCCCACCAUCUCCAAGGAGCUCUGUGUGCUGGAGAAGAGCUACAAACAGGUACAGGAACAGGUCACACCUGGGUCAUAUUCAUUAGUGCACACUGUUGCAAAAGAAUGUUGCUACAGAAAACGAAAACAAGCCUUUGUUAUUGGACAAGUUCAGGUAGUUCCUCUCGGGUUUCAGCCAGUUCUUUCUGUUUAGUGUCUACUGAAAACAACCCUAACAAUACACAGGAAACAGCAGUUAUUGAUCAAAUGAAUGACAUGGAGAUCUUCUCAAAUGUCAUGUUCCUCUCUAUGACAUUGAGAGGUCAUUCACUGAUUCUCCAUCCUGUCUGUGCCCUAGACGAGCGGCGUGAGCAGCACUCUGGCAGACCUGAAGGGAGCGCUCCAGGAUCUGAGCGGGGAGCUGCGAGAGGAGCGUCAGGGCUCUCAGGAACUGACCCAGCAGUUUGCCCGUGCUAAGGCCUCCUGGGAAGUGGAGAGGACAGAGCUCAAGAGCCUCAUCUCCCAGGUAAGACCACACCACCUAGAAGGAAGCAACUAGCAUAGAAAUAGAAUUAUUAGAAUGGAAAUUUGACUUCACCCUUAAGGGUACAGUCAAUAUGGCUGACAUGGUAUAGAAACCCUCUGUCGUAUAGUUAUAGUUUCAAACCCAUAGUUUAUCUAAAACCAGCUAAAAACCUUCCACCAUCAGGUGUUAUUUGGCUAGUUCAGAGGCCAGGCUAUUAUGUAGCUUACAGACCAAUGAAUUUCACAUGAGUCUCAGUCCCUGCCUGACCAUUAUCUAAGAGGCUUAGCAUAAAGCAUCCCUGAGAGGGUAAUACAUUAGCCCUUAUACCACCCAGGUAUCACACAGACUACUGGAGAGAGAGGACUGAUAAUAGGACCCUGGCCACCAGGGUUAUAAUCUUUCCCUACUUGGAGGUAGCGUAAAUACUUUAGAGUAGACUCUUGCCUGAUCAGUCAGACAUGCUAUAGCUACUGGGCCCCAAUCGUUUCUUCUUUUGGCUACCUGGAUGUCUGGGCCAAAGCCAUUGAUUGUAUGACCAUUAAGUGAGGUUUUCUAGUUUAAAUAAAGGUCUUCAUUCAGCAUGCAGGAGAGCACCCCCUGAAGCUGUACAAAGAUCACGUUACCCAUUCAUAAAGGAUGACAUGACCUGUCAUUUGUUACAUUUUACUGAGAAAAGUUGUCGAGCUGCGGAGAGCUAUGUUACAGAUGAUCAGAAGUAUGAAUCAGUCACUGGGUAUUCAUUUAAUCACCAAUACUCAUGUUGACAAAUGGCUUGAAACUGCUGAUAUCCUGAGGUGGUGGAUUUGUGCCAAUCUAUCUGUGGUUUAGUCUGGCCGUCUGCUUUUCCCCCAGACCUCCGUUCACUUUGUGUGUGUGUGUGUGUGUGUGUGUGUGUGUGUGUGUGUGUGUGUGUGUGUGUGUGUGUGUGUGUGUGUGUGUGUGUGUGUGUGUGUGUGUGUGUGUGUGAGAUAGAUAGAUAGAUAGAUAUAUAGAUAGAUAGAUAGAUAGAUAGAUAGAUAGAUAGAUAGAUAGAUAGAUAGAUAGAUAGAUAGAUAGAUAGAUAGAUAGAUAGAUAGAUAGAUAGAUAGAUAGAUAGAUAGAUAGAUAGAUAGAUAGAUAGAUAGAUAGAUAGAUAGAUAGAUAGAUAGAGGGUAACUGGCAGUGAGAGAUGAGUUUAAUAUAAAGACGACUGCCAGCCUGAGACGUUUUCAUAACAGCAGCCUCCGUAAUGACUUAAAUGAACAGGCUUUGAGACAGGCCACUGCAUUACACCAAGAUAAUAUAUAUAUAUUAUCAGACCAGGGGGGAAAGAGAAGGUGAAAUAGAGAAAAAUAAUUAAGAGAGGAAGGGAUGGAGAGGAAUAAUGAGAGAGAGGGGGGGAUAAACAGAGGGCGAGAGAGAGAGAUACAGUAGACACAGAGAGAGUUUGAAGCAUGUUGCCUUGGUCCUGUCAGACUGUUCCCUCCCUCUGCAGUCCCUCCUCCAUGUGUCUGUAAGGGCAUAGCUAAAUGGUUGCCUGCCCUGAGAGCAGCACUGUGCCAUGGGGAUCCCUGUCCUGGCGGCGCCACCACAGCUACUCAACACCAUAACUGGGUCACAAUUUAAAACCAAGGAGGAGUGGGCUGGACCAGGCUUUUUCGUUCAUCCCUCCCCCCUCCUUCCUCCUCCUGUAUCCACCGUAGAGGCUUCUGUCUCUCUCCUCCCUGGCAGUAGUAAUGUGUUGUGUGUCAGGGUGAGAGGGAGAGAGGGAGGGAAAAUAAGGGUUAAGGAGAGAGGAAAAGGGGCUUCUUGUGCUAUAGUUCUAGACCUUUAUUAAACUGGACACAACUAACUUCUUUUUUUUUCAUGUAUAUAUCCUGAUGAAAGAAGGCCCUACAUGGACUGUAGGAGCAUGGCCCAGUCUGUAGCCUUGGCUCAAGUCUAGAUUUUGCCCCGGGUUAGAGUCCUGAUUUGUCUUUUGUUUGUGUAUCACCAGAAGACCCAGAUGACAAUGUAGUAAUUCAGUUGAAACACUUUAAAAUGGCGUCACCUGUAUGAACCAUGGCCAUAAUCAAAGCGUUGACUCUCUUUCCCCCAGUCUGGGAUAAUUUGUCAUCUGAAAGGUCUGACAGGUGACUCCACACCAAAUUGGAAAUUAAAACAGCCACCGCUAGGGCUGUGGCAGUCAUUAAAUUUUGUCAGCAGGUGAUUGUCAAGCAAAUAACUGCCAGUCUCACGGUAAUUGACCGUUAAUUAACAUAAACACUGUUUGGGAAAAAGUACCCAAUUGUCAUAGUUGAGUAAAAGUAAAUAUACCUAAACAGAAAAUGACUGAAGUAAAAGUGAAAGUCACCCAGUAAAAUACUACUUGAGUAAAAGUCUAAAAGUAUUUGGCUUUAAAUAUACUUAAGUAUCAAAAGUAAAUGUAUAAAUCAUUUCAAAUUCCUUAUAUUAAGCAAACCAGACGGCACAAUAAAAAAUAUAUUUUUUUAUAUACGAAUAGCCAGGGGCACACUCCAACACUCAGACAUCAUUUACAGGUAGCCAGGGGCACACUCCAACACUCAGACAUCAUUUACAGGUAGCCAGGGGCACACUCCAACACUCAGACAUCAUUUACAGAUAGCCAGGGGCACACUCCAACACUCAGACAUCAUUUACAGGUAGCCAGGGGCACACUCCAACACUCAGACAUCAUUUACAGGUAGCCAGGGGAACACUCCAACACUCAGACAUCAUUUACAGGUAGCCAGGGGCACACUCCAACACUCAGACAUCAUUUACAAACUAAGCAUUUGUGUUUAGUGAUAAGUGUGUGAAUUGGACCAUUUUCCUGACCUGCUAAGUAUUCCAAAUGUAACGAGUACAUUUGGGUCUUAGGGAAAAUGUAUGGAGUAAAAAGUACAUUAUUUUAUUCAGGAAUGUAGUGAAGUAAAAGUACAGAUACCUCCAAAAACGACUUAUGUAGUACUUUAAAGUAUUUUUACUUAAGUACUUUACACCACUACAUAAACACAUUUAGCAUCUCCUGGCUUCCACGCAUAGCCUACAAGCCACUGAUGCAGACCUUUGGAACAUCUACAUUUUAAGAAGUCUAAUAAAUCCAUGUAAUAUAGCCAACACCUUCACAAUAAAUCCAUUAUUUAUUUUAGACAGGUCUAAAGAAACAUGAUUUGAAGAAUGUAGUCUAUUUCAGAAGGACAGAAUAGCAUACUCUGAGUUGUCCUUAUGUUAGGCCCUGAUCUGGCUAUGCCAUAUGGCUGUGGGCUACACUAGCAGACAAGAUCUGCUUAGAAUUCAGUGGCAUUAUUUUAUAUUAUCUUAUAGUAUGAAGAAUACAAUUGAACAUAGCUGAAUAAAAUAUAAAUAAUAUUUUCUCCAAAUGAUUUGAGGGAGUGCGCACAUGCGGCCAUUCUGUGUUGAGCAGUUAACAAAGAAACAGGUCCUCCUAUAUUCUUAAUUUAGAGUUAUUUAUGCAACUUUAGUUGUGAUACAAACGUUGGGCUAUAUGUUUAGAUUUUUAAUACAUUCUAAGGCUGCAUGACGCGACUAAUGAUGGUUUGAAAAAAGUUGCAGGCCGCACACACUUCAUCAGUCUCUCAUUCACAAUUUGACAAGCACUUGAUAAUGCCUAGAAUUUCCUGGCGGCAUCCCCUUUGUGUGGCCGUAAUUGGUCAACUUGUCCUGUGCGAGAAAUAAAUAUUCCAAACAUAGUUUGGGACAGUUGUGGGAUGCGAUAGAUCCUAAAUUAAUACAACCACUAGUAUAAAAAAAAAUGUUUAAAGCCAAUGAGGCUGAUGCAACAGAUCAGAACAUUUAGCUUAAAAUGUUGAUAAACUAUUAGGCUAUUUCUUUACAUUAUAAAUAAAAAAAUUAAUUGGUCAUUUAGCAGACGCUCUUAUCCAGAGCGACUUACAGGAGCAAUUAGGGGUAAGUGCCUUGCUCAAGGGCACAUCGACAGAUUUUUCACCUAGUCGGCUUUCGGUUACUGGUACAACGCUCUUAACCACUAAGCUACCUGCCGCCCCAUUAUAAGUGCAGCAAUGCGCACACAGCAUUAGGCUGGCUAUAAGCGUGAAUGUUCCAAAAUGCAAUCAAUUAGCGGGAAAACACCAUUCUCAAAAGAGACCGCAAAUGCGAUUAUGCAUGUAAUCCUUUAUUAUAAAGGUGCAUUUUUAUGAUGAAAAUUAUCUUCCCCAAACUUGAAACUCACACGCCACCUAUGUAUGCCAGUUAGGCUCUACACCGGUUGUAAAGCGGAUUAAUGUAUCAUUCACAAUUCAUAGGCUAAAAUUGUCACCCAUCAGACUAUUCUUGAUUUAAUCUUGUCUUUACAUAUAUUAAAUACUAUGUGUGAAAUUUGUUUUGAUUUAGAAUGGACCAUUAUCAUGCACCUGUCUUGAAACAGGGGCAUGGGGAAAAAAUACGUCAUGUAUGCACUUAAAUAGCGAAAGGAGGACGCUUUUCCCAUGGUUCAUUUUCAUGCCAGCCAGGUAGGCUAUACUCCUGUUGUAAAGAGAAGCAAUGUGCUUUUUAUAUAUUUUUAUUUUUUAUACAUUUACAUUUUAGUCAUUUAGCAGACGCUCUUAUCCAGAGCGACUUACAGUUAGUGAGUGCAUAUAUAUAUAUAUUAUUAUUAUUUUUAUUUUUUAUUUUUUCAUACUGGCCCCCCGUGGGAAUCGAACCCACAACCCUGGCGUUGCAAACGCCAUGCUCUACCAACUGAGCUACAUCCCUGCUGGCCAUUCCCUCCCCUACCCUGGACGACGCUGGGCCAAUUGUGCGCCGCCCCAUGGGUCUCCCGGUCACGGCCAGCUACGACAGAGCCUGGAUGCCUUAUAUGUGCUUAAUAUUAGGAAAAUUGAGAAAUAAAUAUAGUAGGCCUAUAAUAUAGAAAGCUGAUGGGAUCCUCCUCUUUUUAAAACUCUGUUUUCUCACGCAAUUGCAUAGCCUAUAGAAAUGUUGCGCAACAUGAGCUCAUGGGCUCUCAUGAAGUGUUUGAUUAGAUAUUCGAUUAUAUUUGCAUUGAGUGAUUAGAGAGACAAUAGAGUGCUGAGUACCAGGCAGUUAGCAAGUUUGGUAGGCUAAUAAUCACCAUCAGCAGCAUCAGAGCUUGGAAAAGCCUAGUUACCAUGACUAAAUGGUCACGUGGAAUUUGACUGUGGUCAUGACUCGUGACCGCCAAUGUAUUAGAUCAGAUUUACUGACUAACCUUUAUGGCAUAAUCAGAGCUUGAUUCAUUUUGCUUUUCUGUAUAUUUAAAGAAACUCAUUCAUCAUCUGCUGCCCCACCCUGAGAGUCAUGCACGCACCGGAGUAUGCAAGCCACACACACACACACACACACACACACACACACACACACACACACACACACACACACACACACACACACACUCACACACACACACACACAAUGUUACUGUGCCCCCUUUACCCCUUCACCCCUAUAAACUACGCUGUUACUGUGCCCUUGUAUUGUGUAAACCCACUGUGCUGGUGCCCAGGAAGGAACUGGAUGGCACAGCUGGGUCCAAUCUCUUCCUGCUCUGCUCAGCCAAUCAUAUCAGUAGGAUGGCAUCCUGGCAAUGUGGCAUGGCACCAGCAGCUGUUACACUGUGUAACCAGUCUUAAGGCGUAAUGCCUACAGAUGCGUCACAAAUGGCACCCUAUUCCCUAUAUAGUGCACUAUCUAAUUUUGAAUUUUGAGACCCAUGUGGGCCCUGGUCAAAAGUAGUGCACUAAAACAUAGUGCCAUUUGGGACUCUUGUCUGUCUUCAGUGGUUUUGGGGGGAAUCUUGGGUGAAUUGGGAGUGUUCAGAGCAAAUGUCUUUCUCUGUGCUAUAAACCUCCAGACAACCAUUAAGUCACCACCCCGCAACGCCUCACCAAUAAAACUCAUUAGGGAUAUUCGUCUGAUAGGCCACCCAGACUCCUCCAUUAGCACCAUAUAAGGCUGGAACCUGCAGUCAUCCUCCGGCACCAUGGCGAUUGAUGGGGCUCCCUCCCCCGAAAGCUGUGAGUUGUAAUACGAGAAAAAAAAAAUGAGACGGACUCGUAAAAGAAAUAAAGAGCAAUCGCCUCAGCUUUGAAGCACUGCUUGAUUCAUUCUAAUGGGGGGAUUGGAGAGGAGGGAGAGGCGGAGAGAGGAGGGAUAUAGGAGGGAGAAAUGUAGCGGGCGUCUUUAGCUGUUGUCUUUUAAUGUGACUGAUAAGAGGAGUUUACAGGUUUUCUCUUACACCUUAAAAACAAGGGAAGGAUUACUUAAAAGUAACACACACACACACACACACACACACACACACACGAGAAGCAUCUGCUGCUGUUCUUUAUUUAUAGGGCUUUCUCAUUAAGUGCCUCGCUCCACGUCUCGUUUUAUAGAGGGAGGAAUACUUAAAAGCAAAUAAAGUCUGUUUAGAUCUUCAGAUAAACAUUUUAGUGUUCUCAGAGAUGGAAAAAAAGAAAGGAAAAUGAAAUAAAUGGAUCUGGUGUGUUAAUCAGGGAGACAGUGUAGGAUGUGUUUGUUGAGCAUUUGGGUAUUCAUUACUUUUGGUAUUACAUCAACACAUAUAAAUGUAAUUUAGCUGCUCAAACAUGCAUGGAACAAGAACUUGUUAUGGCCUGCACUACAUCCCCCAUAGUGUCACAUGAUCAUCAGCCUCACCAACCUCUCCUCCCCUCCUCUCUCUCUGUCACCCUCCGCAAAAGCUGGAGAGCAAGGUGGGCAAGGCUGACCUAGCCGGGGGGGAGAAGGACCUCCAAGGACCUCCCGAGCUGAAGGUGGCGCUGAAGAGGGAGCGUGAGGAGCACCAGCACCUCCUUGCCGACUCAUACGCCGCCGUCAUGGACCUGACCAAGCAGCUGCAGAUGGGCGAGAAGAACUGGAACCGCGAGAAGCUGGAGCUCCUAGAGCAUUUCAGUCAGGAGAGGGGCCAGUGGGAGCAGAGGCUACAGUGCAAGAUGGUAACUGGAUUACAUUUACAUUUACAUCAUUUAGCAGACGCUCUUAUCCAGAGCGACUUACAAAUUGGAGCAUUCAAUUUAUGAUAGUUGUUGUUUUUUAUGGGGGGGGGGGGGGGGGGGGGGGGUAGAAGGAUUACUUUAUACUAUUCCAGGUAUUCCUUAAAGAGGUAGGGUUUCAAGUGUCUCCGGAAGGUGGUCAGUGACUCCGCUGUGCUGGCGUCGUUGGGGAGCUUGUUCCACCAUUGGGGUGCCAGAGCAGCAAAUAGCUUUGACUGGGCUGAGCGGGAACUGUGCUUCCGUAGAGGUAGGGGAGCUAGCAGGCCAGAGGUGGAUGAACGUAGUGCCCUCGUUUGGGUGUAGGGUCUGAUCAGAGCCUGAAGGUAAGGAGGUGCCGUUCCACUCACAGCUCCGUAGGCAAGCGCCAUGGUCUUGUAGUAGAUGCAAGCCUCAACUGGAAGCCAGUGGAGUGUGCGGAGGAGCGGGGUGACAUGAGAGAACUUGGGAAGGUCGAACACCAGACGGGCUGCAGCGUUCUGGAUAAGUUGUAGGGGUUUAAUGGCACAGGCAGGGAGCCCAGCCAACAGCGAGUUGCAGUAAUCCAGACGGGAGAUGACAAGUGCCUGGAUUAGGACCUGUGCCUCUUUCUGUGUAAGGUAGGGUCGUACUCUGCAAAUGUUGUAGAGCAUGAACCUGCAGUAUCGGUUCACCGCUUUGAUGUUAGCGGAGAACGACAGGGUGUUGUCCAGGGUCACGCCAAGGUUCUUUGCACUCUGGGAGGAGGACACAAUGGAGUUGUCAACCGUGAUGGUGAGAUCAUGGAGCGGGCAGUCCUUCGCCGGGAGGAAGAGCAGCUCCGUCUUGCCGAGGUUCAGCUUGAGGUGGUGAUCCGACAUCCACACUGAUAUGUCUGCCAGACAUGCAGAGAUGCGAUUCGCCACCUGGUUAUCAGAAGGGGGAAAGGAGAAAAUGAAUUGUGUGUCGUCUGCGUAGCUAUGAUAGGAGAGACCACCUCAGUCCUGAUAAGCUUCUAUUCUGCUCUGCACUCCAUUCUACUAUAGCAUGGUCUAGUAGUGUAGCUUAGCCAUGUAGUGAGUACUGAGUGACACUAGCUACCCAUGUGGCAUCUAGUGACACUCCUAAUUUUCCUCCUUCCUCCUCCUCAUCAUCUUUUGCUUAUUUUUUCCUCAGUGUGGUCUUUUGUUGGGGUGGAAUGGGAGGUUAAUGUCACUGGUAGGACAUUGGACAUGACAUAGUUGGCUUGUAUGCAGUACUGUACUCUGUAACUAGUGGUCUAGUGUUUUCCAUAGAGGGGUUAGGGAUAACUGGCCAGUAGAGGAAUGCAAGGAGAGACAACAUGCUGCUGAACAUGAGUGUGUCUGCUGCAUGGCCAGACCACACUGGAGGGUGUUUAGUCAGACUGGCCCCAUUACCUGUGUCUGUCUGGCUGGCAUCCAGUCUGUCCCAAACUGACUGGCUGGUCUUGGAAAAUAGGUCUCUCUCUCACUCCAAUACUUAUUGUGUUAGAAAACGGCACAGGAAACAUAGCACUGAGGCCAAGCACACAAUAGGACAUGUCUUUUCUCCUGUCUGUCGUAGCCCUACUGUUGCUUCUGUGUCAGUUAGUCACAUUUGCAUUGUGCAUCAAAAUACAAAAAUUCCUUCAUGAAGUGAACAGCAGUCACGUACUGUAGGAUUCAUUUCAACCACCCCCAUCCUUCCUCCUCUCCCUCCCCCUUCUCCUCUUUCCUCUCUCCUCUCUCCCCCUCUGAGAGGAAAUGUGUAUGUGUAUGUGUGUGUGUGAGCUCAUCUCCCUGUGACCUGAAAGCUCCUGAGUCAGCGUCACUACAUGGACAGCAAGGGAGAAAUACUGUAUCUCCUAGAUGACGGCCACAUCCUCCUCAUGUCCUCCAUUAAACACUGCCGAUAAAAACUACCGGACUGGUUGGACAGGCAACUAAAAAUGGCUCCUUGUUUCUCUCCCUUACAGUCUCUGCACGACAAAACCACCCCCGAAAGAGAAACUGCACCGGACGCUGUUACAAAUGGAACCAAUUUAUCAAGGUAACAUUUGUACAAAAAGCACUAUUUCAAAUGAAAAAUUAAUAGUCAUAGCUGAAAAAGAAUAUCAUUUUUCUUCUAUCAGGACCAAGUCUGUCCCGUCCAUGUUGGAGGGUCUGCUGGAGGCCUGUCCUUUCCUUCCGGGUCAGGAGGUCAACGGGACAGCCAAUGAGGAGGGAGAGAAGGACCAGCCCAACAUCCAGGCCCCUGCCUUUCUAGCCCACACAGACCUGGGUGACCUCACCAGGAAGAACUGGAAGUACCUGACCAAUGAGAUGGCUCUGAUGGAGCAGGGCGAUGCCCCCUUCAAGACGUGGGACUGCCCCAGCUCCCCCAGCAGUUUCCUGGACCUGGAGAGCAUCCAGAGGAGCUACACGGCCCCCGACAAGACCGGCAUCCGCAUCUACUACAGCCCCCCCACCAUGCGCCGUAUGGAGAGCCGGCUGGCCAAGGAGAAGCAGGACAAACCUCAAGCCCAGCAAGGCCACCUGUCUCGGGCUUCAACUCCCUCAGACCCUGGGGCCCUGGAGGGCCAAUCUCCCUCCUCCUCUGCCUCCUCCUCUUCGUCCUAUGACCAGUGGUUGAGCUCUCUGUCCAAGCAGCACAGGGACCUUCUGGAGAACAGCAGCGGGGGCGCAGGGGUAGUGCCCUUCCACGGCCUGGAGAUCUCUGCCAACCUCUCGGACGACAUGAAGGAGAUGACCAACUGCGUGCGCCAGGCCAUCCGCUCCAGCUCUCUGGAGAGGAAGUGCAGCAAGGAUGCGAGCAGCCAGACGGUGGGGAUGUCUAGCCGCUCCACCCAGACGGCCCAGUUUGUGACUGUGGGACUGCAGACGGACGGGCUCGGGUCUCGGGGGGUGGGGGGCUUCCACACCAAAUCCUCCUGGUCCCCCCGGUCCUCGUCUUCACUGGCCUCGGCCCGCUCGCGCCACAUCUCCUCGUCACUGGAUAAGGUGCACAGCCGCAUCGACAGGCCCUGCUGCUCUCCCAAGUACGGCUCUCCCAAGCUGCAGCGACGCGUUUCCGCCUCAUCCUCCAAGCUGGACGGAGGAGGAUUGUCCUCGGCUUCCUCCAGAGACCGCAGCCUGUGGAACCUGCACCAGCGGUCCUCGACCUCCAGCGGCUCGGCCUGGGCCCGUUCCACCACCACCAGGGACAGCCCCGUGCUCAGCGGCCUCAAUGACGGCCUGUCCAGCCUGUUCAGCGUGGUGGAACACUCAGGCAGCAUGGAGUCCCUGUGGAAGAGUGAGCCAGGGGCCAGCCCAGCCCGCCAGGCAGCAGGGAAGCCCUCUGGCCCUGGACCAGACACCGGAGCCCAGAAAUACGGCCCCUUCCAGGAGUUUUUCAGGAACGUGUGCGGCCGGACCGGAACGACCAUGCCCGGGGGAGGGGAGAGGGGGCAGAGGGAGGUGGGGGCCAUGGAUGAGCCCAAGCCUGAAUUCCUCUCUGGGGCUUCGCUGGUGGGGAACGACAGCAUCACCAAGAUCGUCAACAAGAGGUUCAUGAGACAGAUGCCCAGGGAGGAGCUGGGGGCCACUGCUAAUGACCCCACUGCCAGGGACCUGACCUUGAGCUCCAGCAUGGAGGUAGGUCCCACACACACACACACAUACAGGACAUCAUAUCCAAGCAUAUUAUUUGAGCAGCUCUGUCUUUCAUUGGAUGGCAUUAUAACAUAACUAUUUACUGUCUCCUCCCUGUCCCAGGAUGCAGCGUGUGAUUGUAACUCCCAGUCUCUUACUUCCUGCUUCACCCGGCCCUCCCGCUCAGCCACACGUCAUUCACUGGGCCACUGCAUGCACCGCUCCCAGGAGCCUCCCACGGCAACGGAGGAGAGAGUGGAUGCAGGCAAU